AUGGCAGAGGGCGGCGGCGGGGCACCGGGCGCGGCAGGCGGAGGGGGGGCGGCCGGGCCAGCCAGCGGCGGCCCCGUCAACCCGGCCUCGCUGCCCCCCGGCGACCCCCAGCUCGUCGCGCUCAUCGUGGAGCAGCUCAAGAGCCAGGGCCUGUUCGACAGCUUCCGCAGGGCCUGCCUGGCCGACGUGGACACCAAGCCGGCCUACCAGAACCUGAGGCAGAAGGUGGACAACUUUGUGUCCACGCAUCUGGACCAACAGGAAUGGAGCCCGACGAUGAACAAGAACCGGCUGCGGAACAGCCUGAGGCAGAGCAUGGUGCAGUCAGGGAUGCUGGAAGGAGGCGUGGACAGGACCAUCUCUCAGGUGGUGGACCCAAAGCUAAACCACAUCUUCAGGCCACAGAUAGAGCAAGCCAUCCACGAGUUCCUGGCGGCCAAGAAAAGGGAAGCCGUGCCGGCCCCCGCUCCAGAGCCCGAGAGCCAGGACCCUCCCGCUGUGUCCCAGGACACCUCCUAAGGCCUGGCACACACCUUUCAGAGCUCUACUCUGACCACAGCACCCCGCGCACACUGAAUGGGAGCCAGUCUGCUGUGGGAGCGCUGUUCCUGUUUCCCUGCUCAGUCGCAGUUUGAGCUGCCUGUCCAAUGGAGAGACACCUAGUAAACACUGCAGAAUCAGAAACACUGCAGCAGUGUGACGUGAUCCUGAAACAAACUUGUAUACUUAGAGAUGGAGACUGCACAUGGAUUUUAUAGAGUUUGCACUCUGGGAUAAACAGAAGCCAGAGUGAGUCCCAAAGGUAACUUCAAAGCAUGAGAGUAUGCUUAGCUGGGCGGAGGUGUUUGACAGUGCUGACCUGAUCCAUGUCUCAGUCACAAACCAGAAUGUACAAGUGGAUGACAUUCAUAGGCUUAGAACUGUUGUGAUCUUCUUGUGCGUGAAUCCUCUAGCCAGUUUCUUUCCCAUUGUCAGAGGGGACAAAACAUGUAGCUGUGGAGUGAGAAGGAAGCCAGACGUUAGGUAGAGCCACUGUCAGACUUUGUUAGGGCAUCUUUCUGUCCUGCAAGGGUUGGUGAGACUUAGACAUUUUCUGUUCUCAUAGUUGUGUUUUUUUAGAAAAGUGA